UUUUUUUAAACAGCCUUUCCCAGUAUAGUGAUGAAAAUAUGAUGGAUCCUUAUAACCUGGCCAUUUGUUUUGGCCCAACAUUGAUGCCCAUUCCAGAUAUACAAGAACAAGUAUCAUGCCAGGCUCAUGUUAAUGAAAUCAUCAAAACCAUUAUCAUUCACCAGGAGAUCAUUUUCCCAGAUAGCAAGGAACUAGAUGGCCCAGUAUAUGAAAAAUGUAUGGCAGGUGAUGACUACUGUGACAGCCCUUAUAGUGAACAUGGUACCUUAGAAGAAGUGGAUCUGGAUGCUGGGGCAGAAGUACAUACCAGUGACGAUGAAUGUGAUCCAAUAGAAGCUAUAGCUAAGUUUGACUAUGUUGGAAGAUCUGCACGAGAACUCUCUUUUAAGAAAGGGGCCUCACUGCUUUUAUAUCAUCGAGCUUCUGAUGAUUGGUGGGAAGGAAGACAUAACGGAAUUGAUGGCCUUGUACCCCACCAAUACAUAGUGGUUCAAGAUAUGGAUGAUACAUUCUCAGAUACACUGAGCCAAAAAGCAGAUAGUGAAACCAGCAGUGGACCAAUACUUGAAGACAAAUCUUAUUCCAAAGAUAUGAGUUCACCAACAGAUUUGAAUUCUGAAGUAUAUCUAGGAAGGCAGCGCAAGAGAUCUGAACUCCCACUUUCUGGCAGACGUCCUGGCAGGACCAGUGAUGGACACUGUCCAGUUCAUACACCACAUGGCCCUACUAAUUCCUCAAUGGAAUUAGUUUCCUCCAGUAUGGCAAGCCACACUACUUCUCGAACUAUCCUUCAGAACCACAGCCUCAUAACAGAUAGCCCAGAAAGGAGACGGAAACCUGGCCACAGCAGCCUCACCAAUAUUAGUAGACAUGAAUCUCUGAAAAAAAGUGACAGCCCUCCAAUUAGAAGAUCAACCUCAUCUGGCCAGUAUCCUGUUUUCAAUGACCACAAACCACUUGACCCAGAGUCAAUUGCUCAGGAUAUUGAAGAAACAAUGAAUACGGCUUUAAAUGAACUUCGGGAACUGGAACGCCAGAGUUCUGCAAAACAUGCUCCAGAUGUUGUCCUUGAUACCUUAGAACAAAUGAAGAAUUCUCCCACCAACACCACCUCAACAGAAUCUUUGAGUCCUCUUCACAAUAUCAUUUUAAGAAAUGCUGAGCCUCAGAUUCGCCGUAGCACUAGUUCUUCCAGUGAUACUAUGAGUACCUUCAAGCCAAUGGUGACACCAAGAAUGGGCGUGCAGCUGAAACCACCUGCACUGAGACCAAAGCCAGUAGUUCUUCCAAAAACAAACCCAAGCAUAGGCCCCUCUUCUUCUUCCCAAGGCCCAGCUGACAAGUCUUGCACAAUGUAGAACCCAAGAAACCAAAUGCGGAGUGAACUACCAAAAGAAUGUAUCCGUGAUAGUUGUUUGAAUUCCAGUAUAUUAUU